GGGGAGCAGGAGAGCGGCUGAGGGCGGCGGCGGCGGCGACGUUGCCAUGGAGACGAGCGCGCACCCCUAUUGGCCGCGCGCGCUGGCGUUGCCGGGUUACGUGGCGGGCGCGCGGCCCGGCUGGCAGUGCGCAGGCGCAGUGGCGGCGGCGGCGGCGGCGUUGAUGGCUCUGGGUUGGGCCUUGGGCGGGACUGUGGGCGGAGCCAAGGGCGGGGCAAAGGGCGGGGCCAGGCGGAGCCCCGCCCGCCGGCUGGUCCUGGGCUGGUUCCUGCUCUGCACCGGCAUCCAUGGGGUCCUGGAAGGAUAUUUCAGCCUCCGGCAUCGAGAGCUGCCCGCCGACACCGGGCUGCUGGCCGACGUCUGGAAGGAAUACGCCAAGGCCGACAGCCGCUACAUGACGAGCGAUGACUUCACGGUUGCCAUGGAGACAGUGACAGCCUGGGCUUGGGGUCCCCUCAGCUUCCUCACCUUCCUGGCCUUCCUCCGCCAUCACCCGGCACGUUACGUCCUGCAGCUCAUCGUGUCCCUGGGCCAGCUCUAUGGGGACAUUCUUUACUUCGCCACCGAGGCUCGGGCAGGCUGGACCCACAGCGACCCCCGACCCCUUUAUUUUUGGGGUUAUUUCGUGGGGCUCAACGGGCUCUGGGUGCUGGUGCCCGGCCUCCUCCUGCUCGAUGCCUGGCACCAGCUGGCCACUGCCCAGCGUGGCCACGACCGGCCACGCCACAAAGCCCACUGAGCCCCCCACGACCGGGGGGCGGCCAGGAGACCCCCCCCAAAAGAGAGGAUUCAGCACUUGGGAGGUUCCUGGAGGUGGAUUCAGCACCUGGGACCCCCCCAAAGUUCGGGGGGGAUGGGCUGGAGUCGUUCCCCCCCCCCCCCCCCCAGUGUUCUUCUGGUUCCAUGGGGGUCCACCCCCCUCGUUCUCGGGGGUCUCACCCUCGUUUUUGGGGGUGUGCGGUGGGAAUGUGAAUUGUUUGGGGGUCAGGGAUGGGUUUUAAUAA